UCAAGCACGCAUGUGCGCAUUAUGAACAAGCAAUUAUUCUGGCCAAGAAAGGAGAUAUGAAUAUCACGGACAUCCUGCGGGGAGCACGCAGUUGAGCGCAAUGAUAGUGUCAAGUACGAUGCUUCAAUGCAUGCUCACGCUACUGCCGGUCUUCUAUUAUGUCCGAGUCCUCACUCUCAGUUACAAAGACCCAGCCCUGCCAACCUUUACUCCGGCCGUCUAUGCUGUGAUUGAGGAUAAGCUUGUUUGCUUCACGCAGGCGUUUCAGGCGCAUUGUCAUGUCUUCAGCGAUUUUGGCCACGUCAGACUGCGCUGCCACGAUGUCCACGACGACGGUAGCAAGGCCGUGACACUGCGAAAUAAUAUGGUCCAACUCGCACCAAUCGAGGUCGAGGGGUGACCUAUUGCUGUCCGAACUGGCCCCAAAAUGCAAGUGAAUUCUCGUUAUACUCCCAUGUUUGAUGUGUAUUUCCGUCCUGAGAGUGCAACUCCUUGACUCGAGGCGCUGGAUAAUUAGAGUAAAAGAAGAGGAGGUAUCAAAAUACGUGGGCCCAGAGCCUGUGGCACACGGUGCGGGCGUUGAGUGUCA